CUUCUUAAGAUCUGUUUUUCUUUCUUUUUCACUUACAGAACCUUUUUAUAUAUAUAUAUUUUUUGUUUUUCUGUUUGUAUAGAAGCCAAAAGUCAUAUCUUUUGAUAACACUGUACAACUUACAAGGAGAAGAAUAAUAACAAGCCCUUAAAGAUUCAAACUUUAUUAACUUAGUGGUUAAUUAGUGGAUGAUACAGUAAUGGGGAGAAAAGGAAAUUGGAUAUCUUCUAUUAAAAAGGCUUUGAGCCCGAGCUCCAAGGAAAAGAGAAGCCAGAAAUCGAAGAAAAAUACUUAUGUGGAGGAAAAAUUCUUCGAACCACCCAUUGCUCCAGUUGUUGAACCUGUCAGUUCUCAUCAGCUUCCACCACCAGAAGAAGUGAAACCGAUUGAAGUGGAGGAUGAGCAGACGAAACAUGCAUAUUCCGUAGCAGUUGCUGCCGCUGCUGCAGCUCAGGCAGCUGCCGCCGCUGCUCAGGCUGCUGCAGAGUCUGUUAGACUUGCUGAGUUGACUCGGUAUUCGGGGAAAUCAAAGGAGGAAACAGCUGCUAUUAGAAUCCAAACGGCUUUUCGUGGGUACUUGGCAAGGAGGGCUUUGAGAGCAUUAAGAGGGCUUGUCAGAUUGAAAACACUGGUGGAAGGGCCUGCUGUUAAACGACAAACAACAAACACACUCAAAUGCAUGCAAAAUUUGUCACGUGUGCAGUCUCAAAUCAACUCUAGGAGAAUAAGGAUGUCGGAGGAGAACCAGGCACUUCAAAAACAGCUCCUUCAGAAACGGGCUAAAGAAAUCGAAAGCUUGCAGAUGGGAGAAGAAUGGAAUGAUAGUUUGCAGUCAAAAGAAGAGAUUGAAGCUAAGUUAUUAAGCAAAUAUGAGGCUACUAUGAGAAGAGAAAGGGCGAUGGCAUAUUCAUUUUCUCACCAGCAACCAUGGAAGAAGUCAUCUAGGACAACGAACUUGCUUUUCAUGGAUCCCACGAACCCACAAUGGGGUUGGAGUUGGUUAGAAAGAUACAUGGCGGCUCGGCCAUUUGAACCACGGGGUGAGGGAAAUGAUAAUGCAUCCGUUAGAGGUGGUAUCAAUAUCACUGGGAGUGAAAUUGCCAAGUCAUAUGCCCGUCACCAACUCAAUUCCACACCAUCAACUCCUCAGGCAAAGGGGAGUGUCCCACUGGGGUCACGGAAAUUCAAGCCAACUCAAAGCCCAAGGGGAUUCGGGCCUAGCCCAGAUGAGGACUCGAAGAGUGUCUUCAGUGUGCAGUCAGAGAAAAAUAGAAGGCAUAGCAUCGCCGGGUCUUCAGUGAGAGAUGACGAGAGUUUGGCUAGCUCUCCAUCGGUGCCUAGUUACAUGGCACCUACGAAGUCAGCCAAGGCCAAAUCACGGGGACAGAGCCCGUUGGGCCCAGUGGAGAUCAAUGAUGGGACCACUCCUGAAAAAGGAUCGGGCUUGAAUGCUAAAAAGCGGCUUUCUUUUCCGGCUUCACCGGCCAGGCCAAGGCGUCAUUCGGGUCCUCCCAAGGUAGGAAGCAGCAUUGCCAUUGGUAGGGAGCAGAACGUCAAUCCUGGUGUGGUGAGUUGACUGUAUUCUUUAAACAAGUGAGACAAAAAAUAUAUUAUUGUGCAUUAUUUAGUAAAAUUUAUAACUAAAUUAAGAAAAAAAAUGAAAGAAAGAAAAAAAUAAUUAUUUGUUGUGAUUUUUUUAGUUCUUUGAUUGAGAGGGGUGAAAGGUUUAAUAUUUGUGCUAAAAAAAAUUCUCUUUUUGUUUGUGUCUGUGUGUAUGGAUAUUAAUUGUCAUAAUUUCUUUGGUUCCUUCUAUUAUUAUGAUAAA